GGCCACCUUAUGUCAACAAUAAUGCAACAUUACUCCCUUCCCUUUCCCCCACUCCCACCGCCCUUCACCUCUCACUAUCACUCCAAUAAUCUCUCUCUAACAACCGCCGCAGAAGUCGUAACCACUUCCGGCAAUGGUGAAAGCCGGGAAGUGGUUCCGCGGACUGUUAGGUCUCGGGAAAUCGGACCGUCCCGCCAGUCCGAACUCGAAACCGCCGACAAAGAGGCGAUGGAGCUUCGCGAAAUCUAAACAGGACGCCGGCCUCCGGCAGCCGCAGGAGCAUCCCCUCGGAGCCGUCGUCGAGGUCGGCGGCGGAAAGGGAGACGGAAGCGUUGAUCCGACGAAGCACGCCGUGGCGGUUGCCGCCGCGACGGCGAGGGUUGCCGAGGCGGCCAUCGCCGCCGCUCAAGCGGCCGCGGCGGUGGUGCAACUGACGAGCAGUGGGAGGUCUCCUUGCGGCGUCGAUGCCGGCGCGCGGAGCGGCGGGGCGGAGGACCCAACGGCGCGCGUUAACUUUGACGGCGCAUUUUACGGGGUCCGCGAAGUUCUCGCGGCCGUUAAGAUCCAGUCUCACUUCCGAGCUUAUCUGUCAAGGAGAGCAUUAAGAGCUUUGAAGGCACUGGUGAGGCUUCAAGCACUGGUUAAAGGUUACCUGGUCAGGAAGCACACCGCGGAGUACCUACGUGGGCUUCAGGCGAUAGUCCAAGCCCAAUCAAGAGCUCGGGCCAGGCUUCUUAAGGUCUCCGAAUCACCGCAAUCCAGUACCAAAUCCGUCCAGUUCCAUCAGCCUGGUCCUCCUACUCCCGAGAAAUUCGAGCAAGCCUUUCGAACAAGGAGUAUACACAAUGAUGACCCAACCAUUCUUAAGAGGAGUCAUUCAAGGAGGAGAACAAUGGGCGAGCAUGAUAGAGUGCGGUCGAGCCGUAUGGACUAUCGGAUGGAUCCGUGGGCCUCGGACCAACAAGGAUCAACCAGAUCCGGCCCGAUUGAUGACUGGAAGACGGACAAGAUUCUUGAAAUAGACAUAGCGGCAGCAGGGGGAAACCCCAGACAAAGAAACCUCUUCCACAGCUCUCACCUCAGCUUAGUCUCUGACCAAUACAGUCUCUACAGCCUAACGACAUCGAAGGACUCCACGGCCCACCAGAUUGCCCACAGCCCGUCGUACUGCGAGGCCCAAUCCGUGAGCCCACAAAAGUACGACGAAAGCAGCUUCUGCACUGCGGACAAUAGCCCGCAGUACUUCUCGGCUUCGUCCAAAGGAGGUGCUGGUGGAGGCGGGAAGGGUUCCAGAGUGGGGCCCUUCACGCCUACCAAGAGCGAUUCUUCUAGAAGCGUCCUGAGCGGGUACUCGGACCAUCCAAACUACAUGUCCUACACCAAGUCAGCAAAGGCCAAGAUGAGGUCAUUCAGUGCCCCUAGACAGAGGCCUCACUACGAAAGGCUGAGCUCAGCGAAGCGGUACUCCAUCCACGGGUACGGCGAGCUGGGAACGAACCCACAACGGGUCCCGGCCCUGCAGCAGGCGUAUCCGGGCUCGGGUCGGUUGGACAAUCUCGGCAUGCCCGUUCGAGAUCGGGCCGGGUUCAACAGUGGUGGUGGUCUUUGGCAUAGAUAUUAAUUAUUUUACCAAUGCUAACUAACUUAUUAUCCCUGUAGUAUAUGGUUCUUUCUCAAUGGACACAUUUUGAGGGUUGGGAUCAGUAAAAAGAAGAAGAAAAACUACCCAGGGUAAUGUUAUUUGUUAUUUUUGUUUUUGUUAAUGUCACUUCAAGAGUUACUAUUCAUGCCAGUGUGUGAAUAGUGAUUUUUGGAGGAGGGUUAACCAGAAUGGGAAUUAUGACAAUAUCUUUAUAGGUAGAUGUAACAUGAAAGAGUAAACUAAUAUUUUCCAG